AUGAAAGCCUUGCCCACCAUAUGCAUCUACUUUCGUCUUUGUUUGAAAGUCCGGUUUGGUCCGGUUUUUUCAUGCCCAGGGGCGUUAACCGUAACCAUAACUGGUCUGCCUUUUCCCCAGAAGUCAAAAGACCAGACCGGACCACAAAAAGACCGCAGACCACGGUUUUUUGCGGUCUAUAGACCGGUUUCGGUCUGCAUCAGUUUUAACCGGUUUAUGACCGGUCUUUAG